AUGGGCAUCCCGGGCACGGAGCCCGAGAAGACGGUCUACACCACCCUCCCGGCCGCAAGCCAGCAACCCGUCAAACCAUUCCUCUCAUACAUCAACCUCGACCUCAUCAUCUACAUCCUCGGCCGCUCGGUAUUCCACCCAGCAAUAUGUCUCAUCGGCUACCUCUGCAUCGCCGCCGUGCACAAGCAUAAGGAACCCAUCGCCUUCUACACCCUCUACUGGACAGCAUUCCUCUGCGUCGUGGAAAUCCUGCUGUACCUCAACCAGCGCAUUACCUUCGGCGCACCCCGCGACGUCGACUGGGAGCGUGAUGUCGUCGUCAUCACCGGCGGUGGCAGCGGUCUCGGCCGCGUACUCAUGGAAUCCCUUGUCAUGCGCGGCGUCAAAGUAGCCGUGCUGGACAUCAAGUCCGCCGACAGCGAAGCCGAGGAACUUAUGGAAGGCGCGGGCGACCUUCUCUGGGAGCAGUGCGACGUAGGGAGUCAGGCGCAGGUACAGACGUCCAUCGCCAACAUCGUCAAGAAACUCGGCCCACCCACCAUCCUCGUCAACAACGCCGCGCUGCCCAUCCACGCGCUGCCGCUGCUUCCCUCGUCAUCGUCGAAUGGCACCACGAAGACAGCGACAACGACAACGACAACGACUCUCGCGCCCGAACAAGCCCUCAACACCCUCACCACCAACGUCGCCUCGCACUUCAACCUCCUGCACGCCGUGCUCCCCCACAUCCUCGCCUCCCCAACCGGCGGCCACAUCGUGACCCUCUCCUCCAUCCUCUCCCACCUCAGCCCCUCGCACCUCUCCGACUACGCCGCCAGCAAAGCCGCCGUGUCGGCCCUACACAACUCCCUCUUCCACGAGAUCCAAGCGCACUCGGACUCGCGCGUGCGGCGGCACGUCAAGACGCUGCUCGUUGAGGUGGGCCAGAUGGACACGGCGCUGUUUAGCAUGACGAGACUGCCUUGGUGGGCGCGCUUCAUGGGUGCGGUGGUGGAGGGGAAGGAUGUCGCCCGGUGGAUUACGUGGUACGUGGAGAGGGGGGAGGGCGGCGUGUUGAGGCUGCCGUUCUAUGCAAGGUGUGUCGGCGCGUGGUGGGCCGUUGUGCCGGGGGCGCUGGAGAGGUGUCUGAGGUGGGCUAGUGGUGUUGAUCGGGCUGUGAGGAGGGGAUGA